CUGCUUUGUUCUUAGCGUGUUAGCGUUAAACGAUUACGUAAGUAAAGAGCCGCGCUGAUGGGAACUAAUUAAAGACAACUGAAAACCGACCAAAGAACCAGCGAAAUUAAGUUUUCCAGUCGCAGUAGCAAAGUCACGUCGACGCUACGUUGUGCGGUAAACGCGCUUUGUUUAAAAGUGCGCACCGGUUUUUGUUUCGUAUGUGAACAAGGGAAAAAGUGCAUUCUACGGUGAAAUAACAUGGAUGAGCAACAACAAUGCAAUGAUAAACCAGAGCGGCCAGAAACUGCCAGCGAAUGGUGGCAAUUUCGAACGCGUCUGGAAAGAAAACUUCUAAUCAUCGUCAUCGCAAUGUCUCUGACAUUAUUUGCCAUCAUGACGUACGCGUUCUUUACUCACAUCACCAGUGGAAACCAAGCUCCCGUUUGCAUGUCCGCCGAUUGCGUGCAAACUGCCUCAAAAUUCCUGAAUGCAAUCGACGCUGAAGCAGAUCCCUGCCAUAAUUUCGCCCGCUUCGCAUGCGGAAACUUCUUCGCCGGGAGCAACCCGAACGCCACUGUAUCCGAGCUGGUACAGAGCGAAAUUUCAGCGCGCAGAGAGUUCGAGCGGGUCUUCGAUGCUUCUGCCUUGGAAUCAGAAGCAAACGAUAUCGGAGUUGCAAAUCUGCGCUACUUGUACCGCACGUGCAUGAACCGUAGCGCCAUCGACGAAGGCGUCGAGCUUUUAAAGCGCGAGUUGAUUGCGCCGCUCGGCGGCUGGCCACUAAUUAGCAAUAAUUGGGAUGAAGCGUUCUCGGGCCAUUCGGGAGCUUUGAAUUUCAACUGGGUAUGGUUCAAUUUUAUAAGUAAACUGCAAACGAUGGGAUUUCGAAGUGAUAUGUUUUUUGGAUUGCGGUCGUAUAGAAAUUAUACAGAUGGGAAGAAUUAUUUAAUGGUCACACCGCCAAGUUUAGGAGAAGCGGCGAUGAGUAAAGAGUUUCGGAAGGAAAAUGAAGCAUUUUUGUAUAGGACCCUAGAAACUUUCGGGGGUGAUAGGACCAAAAAUGGUUAUGAUAUUAAUUAUUUAGGAGAUUUUACUCUGGAAUUGAUCAAAAUUUUGAGCAAAUAUGAAAACGCAACCAAAGCAGAACCAAAAUUAAUUACAAUAGGAGAGGUAAUGAGUGUAACACAAGCCUCGCAAAUCAAUUGGGCACACAUACUCGCUGUUCUAACAAUGCGACGCGAUUUUAAUACUUCCGAAUUUAUUAUUUUUGAUACCUCUAUGCAAGAAUACAUUCGGGAACUACAAGGACUCUUGAAGCAAACGCCGAGAAGAGUGUUAGUGAAUUACAUAAUUUGGGAAGUACUGAAGGAUAUGCAGCUGUGGUACAACGUCCCGAAUGCACCCAAAGUUACUUUGGGUCAACGACGACAUUUAUGCAUUGACGAAGUGAACAAAAUAAUGCCAUUAAUUGCCAAUCAAAAACUAGCCGAGACGAAUCCACAUAGAGAGCAAGUGAAAAAAAUGAUAAUUGCAAUCAGAGAAGAAAUUAAUACCAAAAUAAGAAAAGUAAAAUGGGUAGAUGAUGAAAUGAAAAUAUUUUUAGAGGAGAAAUUAAGGAGUAUGAAAUUUUUCAUUGGUGGAAAAUUAGAUGGGAGUGAAUUUCAUAUAGAUUAUGGUCAAAAUGAUUUAAGUAAAACCAAAAACUACAUUUCUGCAAUCUUGAGCCUAAAGCCACUAACAGACUCUUACCAUUAUGAUAUUUUGUACAAUAAAACAACUUUAGAAUCUACCCAAAUAGGAUUGUUGGAAAUGGACGCAUCUGCAAAUGCAUUCUACUUAUCCAACAAUUAUAUCGGAAUACCAACCGGAUUAAUUCAUCAAUUAUACUCCAACACACUGCCUGAUUACAUAAACUACUCCCGACUAGGCCACCUAAUCGGUCAUGAACUCUCCCACAUUUUCUCGUUGUUCGCGCAAAAAUAUGGUCAGCAUGGUCAACCCAACCCAUUGUGGACCAACGAACUCAUAGACAAUUACACAAAUCAUCAUAAAUGUCUAGCAGAAGAGUAUGAAGCGUAUGCAAUGGAUAAAUAUCGAGUUGAGUUAAACGGUUCCGUUACAUUGGAUGAAAACAUGGCGGACAUCAUCGGUACCCAUUCGGCCUACGAAGUGUACCGCCGUUUGGAACCAGCCAAACUCACCGAUAAUCUCCAUCUGCCAGCUGUCACAAACUACACUCCACGACAAUUGUUCUGGAUCAGUUUCGCGCGCUACUAUUGCGAUCCACAGGAAGCCGCGCACGUACUGCACCCACACCCGACACCGGAUGUUCAUGGCGUCGCUUCGUUUCGGAUAUUUUCCACAUUACGAAAAUCCCAGCGUUUUGCUGCCGAUUUCAAGUGCAAAAGGGGCAGCCAAAUGAAUCCGUUAAGCAAAUGUACGUUUUGAUAUCAAUAAACGGUACCGUGCCUUACUGUUACCGUAUUUCCGCAAUUGUCAUGAUCAGAACGGAUGGUUUCGUCCACCAGUUACCAAAUACCUUUGGUUUUUCUUGCUAGGCGGCCACGGCCGGGCCGGUAUGGCACAAACACGC